CUUGGAGCCUUAAUUUUCUCGUGUUCAGCUCCUCGUGUGAAGAGAAGCAACAAAAGAGGAGCAAAGGAAAGAGGAGAUGAGCGUCGAAUCCUCUGCUCUUCUUACAAUGCCCAUCUUUACUUCCUCGGGAACCUUAAGGCUCUUCCCGAGCUCCCGCCCAGUUCAAUUCUUUCCUGUCAAGGCAUCCGCGGCCUCCUCCUUCGCCGGUUCUUUCCACCACAGAGUAUCAGAUUCGACUUCGAUCUCUUCCUCUACCUGGCUUUCAUCUCUCAAAAUGUCUUCGCCCCGCCUCCUGGCGAGUAUUUCGAGCUCUUCAUCCUUAUACACCUCUGGCGGCGGCGGCGGAGUUGGACUUACGGGAGGCUCUGGCGGCGGAGGAAGUGAUGGCGGUUCAAGUGGAAGGGUUGCAGGGACGGGACCAUUCGUAGGGGAGACGGAAGAGGAGGCUCUAGGAUCGGAGUUGAUAUUUCUUAACGUAGGAGGAAUGACUUGCGGAGGUUGUGCUGCAAGUGUGAAGCGUAUAUUGGAAAACCAACCUCAAGUGGCUUCAGCUACUGUGUACUUUGAGAAGGCGAUUGCAGUUGUUUGGGCUGUACCUGAAGCAAAGGACACAGAAAACUGGCAGCAGCAGCUAGGACAGAAACUUGCAAGCCACCUAACGACUUGUGGAUUCAAAUCUGAGUUUCACGGUCAAGGAAAUGCGAUUGAGAAAGGAAUUUGAAUACUUCCCUUGUCUGAAAAAUGGCUUCUUUCGGGUAUUCUGCGCUAAUUUUAUUUGUAGUUCUACAUAUGUUAGGAAGGGUCAUUAGCUCAAAUCAUCUUUGUUCCACUUCAGGAAUGUUUUUUGUUCUAUAAUUGCUCCAAGUUAGCAUGUUUUUACUAGUUCAUAAGGAAAAAACCAAUUAACAUGAUCCUGAACUUCCUUAAACCUCAUGAAUGUGGUUUCUUCCAGCAAUUUGUUCCCAAAAUUAACAUCUAUAAUAUUUGAACCAUUUUGCUGCAUAGCUGAAUCUUUCCUGACUGCUGAA